ACUGCACUAUCUUGUAUAUAAGAGCUGGUUAUUUUGUCAUGAAGUGUGGAUAAUUAUGAGCGGUAAAGCCGCCCGACCCACAGUCCAUCAAUGGCUGUUCAUCUUGGUGGUUGGUUGCAUGGUUACCAGAUUCCCAUCCCGAAAACCCAUACCGGCCAUUAGGCAAUGCCUCGAUAUCUAGCUAUCGUUCGGCACAGCACUCUCGAGUCGUUUGGUCACUGCGAGAAAGAAGUCAAGAGGAUGAUCAAAGCGAGGCUGGCUGUACAUGAAGCAACAGAGUUUAGCUUCAUCCUGCCGACCGCAUCCUUGCCUCCGGUCUAUUACGCAUCGUUUGUUGUUCCACACGUUAUUACGGAGAUGGAAAUGGAUGGCUUGAGACUUGCCGAUGGUCUUCUUCUUGAUGUUCGCCGCUUACAGGAAGAACUUGAAGUGUACAACAUUGUAGAUCUAGUCUAAAGCAUAGAGAUAUACUAGCAUAUUCUCUCUCAAACAUGAGCUUUCAGGGAGGACAUUUGUAUGGAUAAGACGGAGUAUCAACCUUCCAUAGAAGCUAGGAAAUCUGGGAUAGGGAAAUGUUCGAAUGCUCUGGAUGGAUGGCCUGUGGAUACCGCUCGAUCGAUAUAUGGCUCGCUAAUAUCUGUCAAACUACACUAUGCCCAUAGAAUGACAGCUGCAGCUCCUGCAAGUACAUCUUGCCGUGCAAUACCUGCAACUUAGUUUUUAUUUGUUCCGUAAAUGGGGCGACCGUUGUUGAAGG